AGUUGUUUACUUGAGCAAGGAUCUAAAUUGGCGCCCCAAUUUCUAUAGAGUCUCUCCUUUUCUCUGCUCAGUCCACAAUUCGUUGAAAAAAUUUCGUAGUUGAGAUUUCACUCAACUGUCGUCAUGUCUGUGCGUAGGCGAACUUUGCUCAAGGUCAUCGUCCUCGGCGACAGUGGUGUUGGUAAAACGUCAUUGAUGAAUCAAUAUGUCCAUAAGAAGUUCAGUCAGCAGUACAAAGCCACUAUUGGAGCUGAUUUUGUAACAAAGGAGCUUCAAAUUGAUGACCAGCAUGUUACUCUACAAAUAUGGGACACAGCUGGGCAGGAGAGAUUUCAGAGCCUUGGAGUUGCAUUUUACAGGGGGGCUGAUUGUUGUGUUAUGGUGUAUGAUGUCAAUGUAAUGCGGUCCUUUGAUAGCCUUGACAACUGGCAUGAUGAAUUUCUCAAACAGGCUAACCCAGCUGAUCCAACAGGAUUUCCUUUCAUACUGUUGGGAAACAAGAUUGAUGUAGAUGGCGGGAAUAGCCGAGUGGUUUCUGAAAAGAAAGCCAAGGAAUGGUGCUCUUCCAAAGGGACUAUACCUUACUUUGAGACAUCAGCUAAAGAGGACAUAAAUGUUGAUGCUGCAUUCUUGUGCAUUGCAAAAACCGCAUUAGCCAACACACAUGAGCAGGAUAUAUACUUGCAAGGAAUUCCUGAGGCCAUACCAGAAUCUGAGACUAGAGGGGGUUGCGCAUGCUAAUCAGAAAAUGACAAUUAAUUUGAAAUUGUUUUCUUUCUCCUGUCUUGUUGCCUAAUAUUCAAUGCUCUUUUUUGUCCUUGUCCCCUAAGCUUGCUGGAUGCCUUGUAUUCUAUUGUGUUGUUGCUGUCAUGCAUAUUGAUUGUGUAUUUGAAUACAUCUUUUUGGGGUUCACUUUACUUCUGAAAUUGUGGACAUUAUUUUUCUUGUACAACUUUGUUAAUGCUAAAAAACAAACACUUUUUUUAUGAUUGAUGUGAAGUAUUGUGGAAA